AUGUCAAAUCGAAAAACAGAAUCAGCAUCAUGUGUUAUGCUUCCUGGAACAAGUAAAUUAGGUAUUGGAAAUGUUCUCCCAACAACAUCACAGCUUGUUAAUGUUGAAAGACGUGCAACAUCUGAAGUUUCACAGUGCGGUAACUUCUUGAAAUUCUUCAACGCUAGUGGCGUAAUGAAUAUUUUUGGACGUGGCUUCUUAGCGGAACCAGUGCUACGUGAUGAGGAAGAAAGCUAUCGUUAUCUGAUGGCUUUAGAUCGUUACUAA